UAACAAAAGCAUAAACACUUGGAGCGGAAUUCAAAAUAUCAAGAAGAAAAGUGAAGCAUGGAAGAGUUUGGCUAUCCCCAUUGGUGGAAAAGUUAAGUACAUCCAUUGGUGCUUGGUCAUAUUUCUGAUGAGAAACACUACGUUGUGUAUUUUGAACAAGCUGAACCCUUAGUAAGACUCAUGGCUGUUUGCAUAGGUAAAAACCAUCAAAGUACUCUCACAAUUUUGCGAAUAUCAGCAUAUCUUUGUCACAUCACAUUAAGUUGUUUGAAUUUACCAAGUCAUCAACAAAUGUACCAACUGUGUGCCAUUUGCAGGCAUGACAGGCACACAAUCCAUUGCGAAAUUAGAAGGGGUUGAAGCAUUCAGUGCAUAUGCAGUUUUAACAAUCAGAUAUAUAUACUUGUACAACAAUCUUGCAUCUAUAUACUUGACAAACAAAUAUAAACAAGAGCUGGUCUAUCACGAGCUUAAACUCGUGGUAAUUACAGCAGAGCUCUCCAGAAAUUUGACAAAUUCAAACAUGAUAAACAUUAUACAUAUUAUACAAUUAUGUUUCACUACAUCAUUAUGUUUCACAAUAAGACCAUCCUUUGCCAUAGAAAUACCGGCAGAACAACUCAAAAGAUAAGGAGGUAUUGUUAAUUACUUAAUUUCUUCAUGCAUGUUCCAAGUUCGGAGUGCCAUUUAUACAAAUAAGAAUCUCCUUCGUCACAUGAUUUCUUCUUCAUAUAGAUUAAAUAUAGGAUCUAUAGAGCAAUUACUUAGAA